AUGAUCUCGAUUGAUGUUGAGACUGCACAAAAACAAUCGCUGCAUAUUGGAAGUAAUGAUAAAAUAAAGGUCAUAAAUCUUCUAAAAUGGCUAUCAAAGAUCCAAAACAACCAGAGCUGGGGGUUUUCUGGAAUAUUCCUUAGCUCUACGAUUUUCCAUCUAUUCAAGCUCACCAAUAACCGAACACUACUGUCGUAUCUUGGGCUACUGGUAUUUCAUGAAUUGUUGCCACUUUUGCUCAGUGGUAUUGCGUUCGUCAAUUAUUAUUUCAUCGUGUCGGAUCUCGGGUAUAUUAAAAUCUAUCUCGACGAAAAUAAUCGACUCAUCAAUCGAAACUUGAGGAUUAUGGAUGAAGAACAACUACAUCAGCGCCUUAUGGUGGCCAGCAGUAGAAAGAUCUACUAUGUCCGGUACAUUUGCUGGUUAUUCAGCUGGCCACUUCUUAUGUUCACAAUCCAGAUAUAUUGUACCAACAGCAGCUGUCUAGAGUUAUUGAAAACCCCUGAGAGCUCAUUGUGCGCGAUUAUUCUCACAGAAGUGCUAGUAUCGGUGCUACUUAUCGCGUCGUUCACGUGCAACACCAUCAAAUGCCUUGCCGCCUUGGUGUCCCUCGCGGUCCAGAUGGGAUUGGUGGUGUCAUUAACCCGGUCAUUAGUGAUUGGAAAAGCUAUCCAACUGUUGGCCAUGGCAGUGAUGCCGAUUUUUUUGAUGUCGUGGGUCGCUUACUUGGUGGCAUGGUCGUUUGGCGAGGGUUUUGUGGUGAUUAGUGACCUCACCAAGGAAACCAUUUGGGGCGUGCUGGACACCAUCCAGUUUGCAGUGAUCCCGCUGUUGCUUGUCUGUUUUAUUUAG